CACACUUAAUAUACGUAUCAUGUGGGCAAACAGCGUCCAGGGAGCCGCUAUAUAAACCUCCAGCUCAUCUGUCAGAGGACACUGAUACUGCUUCAGGACACUUGAAGAUUCUUGCUGCGCAGCUGUCAUAAUGUCUAACGCAUGGGGAUAUGCAGACCAUAACGGACCCGACAAAUGGUGUGAAAACUUCCCUAUUGCUAAUGGACCUCGCCAGUCUCCAAUAGACAUUCAAACCGCUGGAGCAUCUUAUGCUGAAUCACUGAAACCGCUUAAACUGCAGUACGACCCCUCCACUUCACUGGACAUCCUGAAUAAUGGACACUCUUUCCAAGUGACCUUCGCCGAUGAUGACGACAACUCAAGUUUGUGACCUCUUUGUUAAUAU